UCUGGUGUGCGCUCACGCUGCGCGGCGUGGGGAUCCUUUACGCGGCACAAGUUGCCCCGGACAGCAGCAGCGAGGCGCACACACACACACACACACACUCACAACAAGUCCCUCCACCGGAAUGGGCACGUUUCAGAAGAGCGCUUUUCUCUCACGUCGCACACCGACGAGCCUCCGAGCCACGAGGGCUUGGAUAUAAGGAGCCACUGCGCGCAGCUCGCGCUCCAAGACCUUUGUUUUUGGGGGGGAGGAUUUCUUCUUGGUGGUUUCUCACUUUUUUGUUGUUGGAUUUGUUCGCGCAGCUUCAUCUGAAGAGCGAACUGAAGAGGGUGUCCUCUUGUUCGGAGCAGAGAGGCAACAGGAGGGGGAGAAACCGAGAUGUGUUCCCCGGCGCAGGCUCUCCGCUCGGCGAGGCUCGCCGCGGUUCUCCUGCUGCUGCUGCGGCUCCAGGGCGGCGCGGCGGCGGCGGCGGCGGCGGCCAGGACGUGCCCGCCUCCCUGCGUGUGCACCGGGGAGCUGCUGGACUGCAGCCGGCUGAGAAGAGGCCAAAUGCCGCACACGAUCCCGGAGUGGACGGUUCAACUGGACCUGAGCCAUAACAAGUUGCAGAUGCUUGACGGCACUUUGUUUUCCAAACUACAACAUCUCAGUGAAAUAAAGCUGAACCACAAUGAACUGGAUGCGAUUCCUGAUUUGGGCCCUAAUGCUGCCAACAUCACGACGCUCAUCCUAGCCAACAACCGGAUCACCAGGAUCUCCUCCGAGCGGCUGCGGCCCUUCGUCGCCCUGGAGACGCUCGACCUCGGCAACAACAACAUCGUGGAGAUCAAGGCCAGCUCCUUCCCCGCGCUGCCGCUCAAGAACCUGUUCCUCAACAACAACCGCAUCUCGGCGCUGGAGGCCGGCUCCUUCUCCAACCUCUCCGGCAGCCUGCAGGUCCUCCGGCUCGACCGCAACCGCCUCUCCGCCAUCCCGGCGAAGAUGUUCCAGCUGCCCAACCUCCAGCACCUGGAGCUGAGCAGGAACCGCGUCCGCCGGGUGGAGGGCCUGACGUUCCACGGCCUGCACGCCCUGCGCUCCUUGAAGAUGCAGAGGAACGGCCUCAGCCGCCUGAUGGACGGAGCCUUCUGGGGCCUCGGCAACAUGGAAGUCCUGCAGCUGGACUACAACAACCUGACGGAGGUGAGUAAGGGCUGGCUGUACGGCCUGCUGACUCUGCAGCAGCUCCACCUCGGCCACAACGCCAUCAGCAGGAUCCGACCUGACGCCUGGGAGUUCUGCCAGAAGCUCAGCGAGCUCGACCUCUCCUUCAACCACCUGUCCCGGCUGGAGGAGUCCAGCUUCGUGGGCCUCAGCGUGCUGGACGAGCUCCGCUUGGGAAACAACCGCGUGAGCUUCGUCGCCGACGGGGCGUUCCGAGGCCUCUCCAACCUGCAGACGCUGGAUCUCCAAAAUAAUGAAAUCUCCUGGACCAUUGAAGACAUGAACGGCCCGUUCUCGGCCCUGGACCGGCUGAACAAACUGUUUCUGCAGGGGAACCAGAUCCGCUCGGUGACCAAGAAGUCUUUCUCCGGCCUGGAGGCGCUGCAGCACCUAGACUUGAGCAACAACGCCAUCAUGUCCAUCCAGGCGAACGCCUUCUCCCAGAUGAAGAGCCUGCAGGAGCUCCGGCUGAACACCUCCAGCCUCCUGUGCGACUGCCAGCUGAAGUGGCUUCCCGUCUGGGUGGCAGAGCAAACCUUCAUGCCCGGCCUCAACGCCAGCUGCGCCCACCCGCAGAUGCUGAAGGGCAGCAGCGUGUUCGCCGUCAGCCAGGAGGAGUUUGUGUGUGACGACUUCCCAAAGCCUCAAAUCACCGUGCAGCCGGAGACCCAGUCGGCGCUCAAGGGCGCCAACGUGACCUUCGUGUGCUCGGCGGCCAGCUCCAGCGACUCGCCGAUGACCUUCGCCUGGAAGAAAGACAACGAGGUCCUGAACGACGCCGAGAUCCACAACCAGGCCCACUUGCGGCUGCAGGGCGGCACGGCGGGCGAGACGGAGGUGACGGAGUACACCACCACGCUGGAGCUACGGCACGUGGAGUUCUCCAGCGAGGGGAAGUACCAGUGCGUCAUCUCCAACCACUUUGGAUCGUCCUAUUCAUUCAAGGCCAGACUCACGGUCAACAUGAUGCCCUCCUUCACCAAGAUGCCAAUGGACCUGAGUAUCCGGGCCGGAGCCACGGCCCGGCUGGAGUGCGCCGCCGUGGGUCACCCCUCCCCUCAGAUCGCCUGGCAGAAGGACGGCGGCACCGACUUCCCCGCCGCCCGCGAACGCCGCAUGCACGUCAUGCCGGAGGACGACGUGUUCUUCAUCGUGGACGUGAAGACCGAGGACAUCGGCGUCUACAGCUGCACGGCUCAGAACACGGCCGGCGCCAUUUCUGCCAACGUGACGCUCACCGUGCUCGAGACGCCGUCCUUCCUGCGGCCCCUCAUGGAUCGCACGGUGGCGAAGGGCGAAACCGCCGUCCUCCAGUGCAUCGCCGGCGGCAGCCCUCACCCGCGGCUGAACUGGACCAAAGACGACAGCCCUCUGGUGGUGACCGAGCGCCACUUCUUCGCGGCCGCCAACCAGCUCCUCAUCAUCGUCGACGCCGCGGAGGCGGACGCGGGGAAGUACACCUGCGAGAUGUCCAACGCGCUCGGCACGGAGCGGGGCCACGUCCUGCUGGCCGUCAUCCCCAAUCCCAACUGCGACUCCGGGGUGCAGGGCGGCGGCGCGGGGGUCGGCACGGUGAGCGGCGUGGGGUCGGACAGCGACGGCUGGACCACGGUGGGAAUCGUCAUCAUCGCCGUGGUGUGCUGCGUGGUGGGCACGUCGCUGGUGUGGGUGGUCAUCAUCUACCACACGCGGCGGCGCAGCGAGGACUGCAGCGUCACCAACACAGAUGAGACCAACCUGCCGGCCGACAUCCCCAGCUACCUGUCCUCCCAGGGAACGCUCGCCGACCGGCAGGACGGCGACGUCCCGUCGGAGAGCGGCAGCAGCCAUCAGUACCUGGCUUCGUCUCUCAGCGGCUUCUACCUGCAGCCCAAAGACAUGAACGGUUUCUGCCAGCUCGAUACGGGAAGUGAAGCGGACCUGGAGGCGGCCAUCGACCCUCUGCUCUGCCACUACCAAGGCCCCAUCGGAUCGCUGCUUCGCCGAGAGAACUUGUACUCCGCCGACCCGACGGAGGUCUUCACAGGCUGUUCCGUUGAUCAAAAGCCCGUCUGGGUCGAGUCCUACAGCGGCAGCCCGUCCAACUCUAAAAUGAGGGAUUACUUCCUGUCUGAGCGGUUUGACCUCUGCUCCUCGUCGGUCCUGAUGCAGCUCCCCAACGCCGGCCUCCACCGCGGCCCCUCCCCCCAGCGGAGGGACCGCCGGCCAUCCAAUGAGGAGGUUGAAGCCAGCGACUACGGGAAGCCUCACGAGGGCCUUUCCAACACCUUCAUGGGAACAUUUGGGAAGGCUCCGUGGAGGCCCCCCAUCAGCGACCUCCACCCGGGCGUCCCGCGCGGCGCGGUGACUCUGUGUGAGGAUCCCUACACGGCUCCGGAGGAGGAGGAGGAGGAGGAGGAGGAGGAGGAGGGCGGCCUCGCGGCGUCGGAGCAGAGCGACGGCGUUUACGAGCGGCCGUUCGAUCCCGCCCCGCAGCGCCGGACGAGCACUUAGCCGAGCGACGCUUGUUCUUCGCGGAGAGGACGACCCCAAAAACAAAAAGAGAAUAACUUCUACCUCACUGAACGGACACUUUUGCAAUCACGGACUCCUGAAAUGUGCAACGAGUGAAUGUAAUGGACGGUUUUAAAAGUCAAAAGGAGCUCGUUAGCAGCUGCUCGUCAAGGACGCGGCUCGUGCUAAAUAAUAUAGAUGAAUAUAUACAGUUUUUUUUAUAUAAAGUUUAUUAUAUUUUGUAAAUUGUAUAUAAACAGAUUCCAUUAUUUUUGCUUACCAUUUGUGUACGAGUAUUUUUGCAGCCCUGCCAAUUCUGUUAUUCCAGCUUUGAAUGAAGCGAUGUUUUGCACAUAUGUAAACAAUAAAACCAGAAACCAGCUGAA